AUGCUCCUCCUCGGCCAGAUCAUACUCUGGCUUUCAUAUCUCGCAUUGGUGACAACGCCAAUGCUCAAUAGCUUCCCCUUCGAACUCAUCAAGACACUCUCCCCCGCCACCAACUUUAUCGGCCUCCUCUCCGGCGCUACAGACUCUCUCCCCCGGCUCCCCAUCGCAGACCUCUUUCCCGUCCUCAAUAUGUCUGGCUUGUGGUAUCAACGUUCGGACUUAGAGGAGUUGCUGAUGUUCCAAGUUGCAUUCAUCCCCACCAUGGCGGCCAUCGUUCUGGCUAUCGUGCUACUCCUCAUCACUCACAUCGACGAUGAAAGAUUAGCGGAACUUUUUCUGGGGCGCAUUGAUGAACAUCUCAGUACGAGGAUCGACGCCAUUCAUAUUCAGGUGUCACAAAACGUUGCUGUCGUCUCGCCCCACCGCAGAACCCGUAAACACUCGUCGCGUAAAGGCAACAGCGUCCCCCUACGCGUCGUCGAGAUCUCUCGCGACGCGACGACGUGUCUGAACCAUGUCGAUGAGAAUGCGCGCGAAUUGGAGCUCGAUGCCCUGGUCGGAUUCAAGACAUACGGCCAAAUUCCGUCGAACGUCACGGCACCUAUCGAGAGCCUGGGUCAUCACGAAUCCUUCGAGGAACCUCUCGAGGAAUAUCGUGACAUGGCUUCCGAGGUCGAAGUGGUAGUCAACGUAUUGGUAUCUGGUGUCCCCACUCCCGAUUCGACCACGCCCCCGCCCUUGCCCUUGCCCUCGCCGACGCCCUCAGUGAUCACCACGCUCGCCCCCAUCACGACCUCUUCGCACGAGACGGCCGUUCAGCAAAGCGAGGACCCAGGCUCGACACCUACCACGCCAGGCGAAACCGAGGGCGACUCUAUCCCCACUUCCACAGCAGCCAGCACCCCAGACUCCACUUCGUCCGACAUCAUCGCCACCACCACGCCCGACCUCCCCACGCCUUCGGUUCUCGCACCAGACGCGGUCGCCAAUCUCGAGAACGUCGAUGGAGAUGAACUGGACACCCAGGACGUCAACGCUUGCUUUACUGGAGGGAAUGAGAUGGUGCACGACGUAGUCGUGCCUUCGACAGGCAGCCCCGAUAUCGACCGACCGGCAGGCAUGCUCAUGCGCUCGGCGGCAGCGAAGUCUCUUGGCCAUGACUCCUCCACGGUACCUCCUGUGAGGAUGCUCACGACCGCCAUUGAUCCCACUAUGCCCGGGCCUGGCCCCGAGUUCACGGGUAUGAAGAUUGACAUUCAGGCCCUUCUCUCAUCCGCACCUGCACACCCUACCAAUGAGCAACCUACGGCUACUUCGACCAACAAGUUUUUGUCAGCUCUGUUCCCUGGCCACCGCGAAUCUGAGGACCAUUUCGCUUCAAGGGAGUCUGAGAAAGAUGCCAGCACAUCAUCCACGGACUCGAGCUCUCCCUCUAGCGGUCAAAGCGUCAGCCUUCCGCAUACGGACAGCUCUGAAAUCAUCAGGCCCCUGAGCCCCCCGGACGCCCCGACCACUCCGCGGAGGCAACGUCAAGAGAAUCCAGCCCAUGGUCUCGACUCCGCGCCCGAUGCAUCGCCUGCCAGCGACGCCCUAUCCUCCGGACCCCACCCGCCGGGUUUCAAAUCGAUCACUAUCGAGGAACUGUCUGCCUCUGAACGUGACAGAAAAACAGACGCAACUGACGGUGAAAAGCAAGACAACAACUCGGACGCACAACCGUCUCCCGCUCCAAUCACACCUUCCGUGUACCAUCCCGUCGAUGUGAAUCUCCUUCGAAGACGCCCGUCUCUCCCAGAUCUGGGAUCGGUCUUCCUGGCCGAGUUAGAUGACACUAACGACAGCGAAGAUCAGCCCGUCAAUAGAGUCGUGUUUCGAGAACGCACGCCUCUCGAUUUUCGAUCCCACUUCUUCUUUGGGCGCAGGCGAUCUGACUCGCCACUAUCCGACCAUCACCCUGACCCUAGCCUCGAAUCUUCCUCUGCUGGGCCCAUCUCGGAAGACGAAAGGGACGAAAUCUUGUCAAAGCUUCUUCCCGCCCACGAGAUCGACUAUGACGCAGAUGAGUCUGACUUUGAAGACGACGACGACGACGCGGACGACUGGGACUUCCAUCCAAAUUUGGACGGUGCAACUCCCUUCAUCCCUCCAGCUCCUAUUAUCUCUUCAGAUCCAGCUCCGACAAUUCCAACUGCCCCCUCCCCAGCUCCAGCCUCGACAAUUCCAACUUCCCUCUCUCCGACACUUCCUGCCGGUAUCCCACGCCCAAGAAUCCCUUACACACCGCUCAAGAAACCUGGCACUUUCUCCGGACUCUGGGACGCUGCACACGCUGCCCAUUCCAAAGGCCAGACUUGGCUCGCUGCAAGGCUUCUUCCGGAACGGUUCCCGAUGUUCUGGAGUCCGACUGCGAGGUCGUGGGCGGACGAGGUGGAGGAGGAUAUGUUCAGAGAGGCGUUAGAUGCGAAGCUGAUUGGUGAAGGCGGACGAGUUCUGACGGCCGAAGAACUAGCAUCGGUUCCCGAUGGUUUGGAGUCCGACUGCGAGGUCGUGGCGGAUGAGGUGGAAGAGGCCUCGCUCAAGAUCAGGGCUCGAGAUGAUAUGGCCAAGAAGUCGACGAAGUUCUUCCAUCACCACUCUGCACCCGUCCACCGAUUCGUCGCCGGAUAUCACUUCGUGGACAAUGCCGAUUUGGACUAUCGCGCAGGCCUGUCGGGCAGAUCUACCAGCAGACGGGGGACGCCCUGA